AUGUCUAUCGCGCAGCUCUCGCAGCUGUUACCGCUUCCUGACGAGGAGCUCAAGCAGGUCCUCGAUUACGCCAAUACUCUCUCCACGGCAGAAGCUGCGGAUCACUUUGGAAACCUCCUCGGUGAUUCUCCUCAAGCGAUCGAGUUUAUAUCCUCCUUCAACUCUCGUCGACAAACUUCAGCACCCGGGAGCUCUUCAUACUCGAAUGCCGCUGCACCGCCUGAACCCGAGUCGCAAAAUGUCGAUGCCGUACCUAAGGCAAAACGGCAACCAAAGAAGAAGAAGGCGAAUAUCCACACACCUCAGGCAAGGCAGGUGAACGAUUAUUCUGCACCUUCAGGCACAACAUACAGCAAGAAAGACCUCAGUCUUGACUACAUUCCUCAACGUUCGAGCGCACCCACUAGUAAUAAUGCUUCACGAUCGAAUACUCCGAAACCUGAACCUAAGCCAGUCGCAAAACCCCCUCCUAAGCAGCAUGCCUCCGCUGGUUAUCUUCUUGGUGAGGGGCCACCAAAGUCGAAAUCCAAGUCAACACCAGGUUCGCGAAGUUCUACACCAAAGCCAGCUGUGACCACUACAAAAAUAUCUAUAGCUGGAGGUUUGCCGAUGGCUGGUGCCUCAACAGCUAUUUCUGACCUGGAUGCUGCCAUCAGAGCCCUUGAAAUCUCAACAAACCCUACACUUGAGAACACUAAAUCUAGGAAGUGCAAUUGUGUCGCUACGAGACAUCCUCUGCAAGGUGCAGCACCGAACUGUCUCUCUUGUGGCAAGGUGAUAUGCAUGAAGGAGGGACUGGGACCUUGUACUUUCUGCGGUAGCCCUCUUCUGACACCGGAUGAUGUGCAAGCGAUGGUGCGGGAGCUCAAAGAUGAACGCGGGCGUGAACGACAGGCUGCUAACAGAGAGUCUAACCGCCGCGCCGAUGUCGCAAAGACCCCAGCACCAUUCACUCAACCCCGUGGUAAUGAUGGCACUUCAUUGAGUGAUGCCGAGGCCAAGGCUCGCGCACAUCGUGAUAAGCUGCUCAACUUCCAAGCACAGAACGCCCAGCGAACGACAGUCCGUGACGAGGCAGCCGAUUUCGACGUUGGUGGAGCAAUCACAGGAACAGGCAGCAUGUGGGCAACUCCCGAGGAGAGGGCAAAAGAACUGAAGAGGCAACAGAAGGUCCUUCGUGAAAUGGAGUGGAACGCACGACCAGAUUAUGAGAAACGGAGACAAGUUGUGAGCAUCGAUGUGGUGGGUGGAAAGGUUGUCCGGAAAAUGGCAGCGGUCGAACGACCUGCCACUCCUGAGUCUGAGGAGGACAUUGACAACUCGGUCAACGACGGCACGCUUGGUGAGACAUCAGCGAAUAAGAAUCGCGGAAGAACUGGCGGAGCCUUCAGUGGUAACCCUCUGCUGGGAUCGUUGAUCAAACCUGUGUUUGAUGCCAAGGGCAAGGGUGCCGAAGUAGAGGGAAGGGAGGCGAGAAGAAAGAAAGGAUGGCAGCGAGUGCAGCAUGAUCUCAGCAACAACGAUGAAGUGAUUCUGGACGGAGGCGUUUAUGGACGAAAUGACGGGAGUGAUGAGCCAGCAUGUGGAUAA